GCUCAAACUCGAAGCAUUUCUAGUCAAUUGACCGCCUGAAGAAGCUACCGAACAGCAGCUACCUCAUCACCUGGUUAUUCGAUUCUAAUUUUCAUUUAACGGUUCAUAUUCCUUUUGUGCGUUUUAAACAUAUCUUUCUGUCACCGUCAUGAGUGUUCUUUAUCUGGCCUCACUUUCUCCUCUAUCUGUUCGUGCUCUGAAAACAAUGAUUGUGUUUCUAGUGGUCAUACCAAAUUUGCAUGCUGUCAACAUAAGUGUCGGUUCAUGCUUAGUUCAGGUGAACGAAAUGUGCAACAGUGAAUUCAUAAGGUUUUAUCUGUCGUCAAGUAUGCGACCCCGUUCCGAGGCUAUUUUGCUGGACAACCAGAAACCAGAACUUCCGGAUUGGGCACCAGUUGGAAAUAAUUUGAAGGUGUUGAUUCAUGGCUAUGCUGGCGGGAUUAAGAAGAACCAAAUGAAAGCUGUGGAAGAUGCAUACUUGAAGCGAAGAAAUACUAACAUAAUAACUGUCGACUGGGGGAAACUGGCGCUAUUACCAUGCUACCCAACAGCAGUGAUAAACACAAAACAUGCAGGAGAUUGUUUAUCGAAAUUUCUAAUGAAAAUACAACAUCACCACCCCUCCUUCAACAUCCAUCAGAUUCACCUGGUUGGCAUUAGUUUGGGGGCUCAUGUGGCAGGUUUUGCUGGAAACCAUAUUGAGAGGACCUCAGGAAAGAAAGUUGACAGAAUAACAGGACUUGAUGCUGCGCUUCCGCUUUUUGCAAAUCCUAAUGUUAACAUGAAACUGGAUGCAAGUGAUGCAAACUUCGUAGAUGUCAUUCAUACAAACAUGGGCAUAUUUGGAAAGAUGGAGCCUAGUGGGCAUGUUGACUUCUACGUGAAUGGCGGCUAUUUACAACCAGCUUGCAACAACAGCAUGAAUACGCCACUUUGCAGCCACAUGAUGUCUACAAUAUAUUUUGCAGAAUCAGUGCAUUCUAAGUUCGGGUUUUGGGGAAUACGAUGUCCAAGCAUAUUCCAGUUUAUUUUUGGCCAAUGCGAGGUUGGAACAUCCAUCCAAGAGUCAGAUAAAGUGCUGAUGGGGGAACAUUGCCCACAGGGACAACAUGGCAUCGUUCUCAUACGGACAAACAAAAAACAACCAUUUGCACUUGGACGAAAUGGUGCUUUAAAGAUUGUUAGAGAGGAAAUGUAUCCUGAAAAUGGCUUCUAUGGAACUCUACGAUAUUUGAGAUCGCUCUUUUAGGUUUAGAUUUUAGGGUUAAAUUUCGAAAAAAAUAGC